AUGACAUUGAUUCUGUGGUUGCGCAGCCAGCUGAAACUGGUUUCUUAUACAGUCACUCGUAGCUUCGGGCCACCGAAAGCUUUUUUAAGUAGAGUUGAAGCUGGGAGGGAAAACACAAGUCACGCGGACAGAUACAAGCUUCUUAAAUCCCCAAGGGAGAUCUCAUUACAAACUGCAAACGAACCAAAGCUCAACGAUGUUAUUUCCACACUGGAUAAAGCAACUUUUUUCUUUGAAAGUGCAUAUGAUCGACUCAAUUUAGAUGGAGUGGUAGGGUUUCGCCUGUUACAAGCUCAGCUGGAAGAUGCAGUGAAGAGAUGGUCAUUUUCAGGACCUGAAGCUGGCUCACAGUUGAAGAAGGUGGAUGACUUAGUAAGAAGACUGGACUUCACCUCAGUAAAAGCUAUUAAAGCAAUGAAAGUGAAUGACCCUAUGUAUUUCAAUGCCUUUCAACAAGUACUGCAUAUUGAUUUCUGGACUCUUAAACCUGGGUGGACACAAACAGAUACCAGACUGAUUUAUCCUGAAGUGAGGGCUUCGGAAUGUUUUGAGGAGGAUAUCAGUGACAGAUGUUUGACUCAGUUGCUGGGUACUUGGCAGGAUAAUGGAACCCCUUGCCUGGAAACAGAAACAUGUAGGAGACUGAUGACAGCUCUGAAUUGUCCAAAUUACUCUCUCUCACACCAGCUGCUGUAUUUCAUUGUUGCUGAAUACAAAAGAUGCUCAAAUAUUGUUGGAGCGCAGCACAUGGAUUCAAAAGCUUCCCUCAUUGUUCAGGGCUAUAAGAAGAUUUUCUGCUCCAAUAUGUUGCAAAGAAAUCUGGAAAUCGAAAACAAUGCCUUUCCAUACUCCCAGCGGGAUUUAUUUCUGGAGAAUGUGAUGCUUUGUGGGCAAGCUGGAUUUUCUGAUUUUUAUAAGGUCCGAUGGCUUGAACCAAUCCUGACUUGGCAGUGGCUAGCUGGCUGCUUUGGAAAGCCUGAUGAGUCUGAAUAUUCACCAAUGGAAGAACAGUAUGUGCUCACAGAACACAAGCGAGUGAAAAGAAGAGAGAUGCAGUUGAAAGACGGUUGUUCAGAUCACAUGACUGGCGUUGCUGUUGGAGCCCUAGGUGGUUAUCUUCGUUUCUAUGGACCAAGCCAGAACAUUGCAGAAUCACCAGAAAUUUAGCAACAAGAUUUUGUUGCAUUAUUUAUAGUAUUUAUCUACAUAUUACAACUAGUUUCAUUUUUCACCCCAUUUCUAAUAACAAUUGAAGUGAUUAGUUAUAAUGCAUAUAAAUAUGCAUAGAAAUAUGUAUAUCUUAGUUUGCAAAGCAUAAGAUAUACAACAUAUUUGUAUUCAAACUAGUGCAUUAAAUUCUAGAAUGAUACCAAUUAUAAUUA